GAAAAAGAAAGUAGAAAAUAUAUUUUACGUGUUCUCCGUCUACAAGAUUCUUUUCCCUUUGACAACUGUUUUGCUUUUACUUGCUUGUUUCACAUUGUUCCUCUCCCAGCUGACUCCUGUCACGUCUCCCCGCACACGUCUACGUGUACGCAACGAGCCCGAAGCUGCUCUGCUCACCACGACCGGCUUUCGAAGUACGCCGCUGCAUCACUGGUGCACAUCGUGUUGUUGUUUUCUUCAUUGUUAUUUCUCUACCGUUUUUGUUGGCUUCUGCUACGUGCUUUACCCUUUGAUCUUUACCCUUCUCCCUUCCUUCUUUCCUUCACGGCGGCUGCGUAGGCGGUGAACGCGUCCGUCGCUCUUGCCGAGUUUUGCAUUGCUCGCCUUCGCUUCCCCAGUGUCUCUUCUGGCGUGGUCGAGAGAGUAUUUGCCGCUCCCUUUAUAUCUUCUGCUGUCGCGACGCCGACGAGCGUUUUAGUAGCUUGUUCUUCUUAUUAGUGUUGCUCGUAAAAGGCGGACCUGUUCGCCUCCACCUCCGUCAAACAGCCACAUCGAAUCAACGCCGCCGUCGCGAUGCCGAAGGUGGCUGAAAACGUGCCGGUGAAGGUCACCGUGUCGAAGAUGACGCUGGAGGUGCCGAAGUCCUUCUUUGAUCAGGCGGCCCUCCGCGCCGCGAUCUUUGUGGGCCGCAAAGGCCGCAGUGCCGCGACGCGACGCACAAAGUGGUUCACGCUGGCCGACCCGUCCCUCGUGCCGUCCCGCACGCGGCAGUCUGUGGCGCUGCCCACAUCACACCUCAGGGGCUCGCAGCGGGGCUCGAUGGUGGUCGAGGACGAAGCCGCAGGGGGGGAGCAACACCAUGUGGAGGAGACGCCGGUGGAGAUGGCGGUGCUGGAGUACAGCGGCAUCAACACCGUUGUGUACGACGUGGACAUGAGGCCGCUGAACAUCUUCGAGGGCGACUGGGUCUUUGACCAGAAGACGACGCACCCGAUGACCGUCUUCGCCAAAAUCCUCGUGAAGAACCGCCCAGGCGCCCGCGGCGGGGGCGGAAAAUCAGAGUUGGAGUCGAACCUAAACGAGAUGCUGCAGAUGGAUCAGGACGACAUGGAGAGCGACGAGGACGAGUCGGACGGCUUCAGCAACGAGCACGACGACGGCGGCGCGCACGACGACGACUCGGCGCUCUCCAUAUCGCUCACGGGCGUCAACCUGACCGAAGCGCAGAUGACCGCCUUGAAGGGGACGGAGAACCCGAACGAGGUGGUGAUGAACCAACUGCGUCGCGCCGUGGACUGCAAGAAGCGUUACCUGCAGUUCCCGAAAGCCAUCGACGUCGCCACCAUCGUCAACACCAAGGCCAAGACGGCGGACUUCUGCGAGCGCCUGAUGUGCAAGAAUGCGGCGCUGCUCGGGUCGACGCUGUCCUUCACCGUCGCGGCGGAGCUGCCGCUUGAGAAGCUGUCGAAGUUUGAGGACAAGGCGAAGUCGAAGGAGGACAAGGAGGAGAUCAAGCGCCGUGAGAAGGAAGAGAAGGGCCUCGAGAAGGAGCGCAAGAAGGAGGAGAAGGAGGAGAAGAAGCGGCGCGAGAAGGAGGAGAAGAAGUCGGGCAAGAAGGAGGAUAAGGUGUACGGCACCGACAUCACCGACGCGCAGAACCCGAGCGGCGCUAAGAACGAGCCGAAGAGCCUCUUACCGAACGCUGCGUCGCAGCAGCAGCCGACGACGCCGGAGGGCUCCAAGAAGAAGAAGUCCGGCUUCCCGCCCCUGGAUCUCGUGAAGGGCCUCUUCACGAAGGAGGAAAAGCCCGAGCAGGCCACGCCCUUCACCGUGAAGCUCACUUCCACCCCGUACCCCUUCCUCGUCAUGCUCUACGACUUCCAGCUCAGCAAGCUCGUGAUGGAGCCCGUGAACUACCGCGCCGUGCAUAUUCGCCUCGGCACCGAUGCCCCGUCCACCGAGGACUUCCCGCGUUUACUGCUCGACACAACGAAGCCGAACACACAAACGGAGUCCACCAUCACGUGGUACGAUGGCAGCACCCGCAACGUCACCAGCUUCCACUUUGACCACUCGCGCAUCUUCUUUGGCGAUAAGGCCAUCCGCCACAUCACGGGCUUUGCGACGCUACGGGCACUGCAGGAGCACGAACGGCAAUACCACGAGGCGAAGAAGGCCGCACCGGCGGAGUCGAACUCCCCGCACCGCGAGUCCGCCGACAACGACUUGUUUCGCGAGCAGCUCAUGAAUGUCGGAACGCAGUUCCAACCCAUCACCUUCGCACCGACGAAGUACAGCACGAACGGCAAUCAGGCCCUCGCCACGAAGUUCACCCGCGUGACGGCGCAGCUGAUUGUGGCGGAGAACGUCGUCGGCGAGGUGCACCCGAGCGAUGCCGCGGAGAAGGAGGCGUUUGUCCACAAGCUGAAGAAGGAGCAGAAGCAAAAGAAGAAGGAGGAGAAAGACCGCGUGAAGGCGGAGAAGGAGGCGGAGAAGGCGGCGAAGAAGGCCGAGAAGAAGAAGGACGACGCGGCGGCCGCAGCAGACGCAGAGUCGAGCCGCAACACGUCGCCCGAGGCGGACAACGCGGCCAGCACGGCCACGACGAUGACCUCCGCGAGCUCCAAGAUCGGCGAGGAGAACCAUGCGGACGACGGCGCCGAAGGAAAGGAGAAGGCCGACGACGCGGAGGGAGGGGAGGAGGACAAGCCGACCUUUGAAGCCGGCGGCGAGGACCGCCUGGAGGCGUCUGAGGCAGCCUCUGCCACGCCCGAGGCGGGCAAGAAGGACAAGAAGGAGAAGCAUGAAAAGGACGGCGCGAAGAUCGUGCUGAACCAAUCAAACUCCUUCCAGCUCAGCACGUACGUGAUGAACGAGGACUUCAUACCGCAGGACGGUCUGCAAUAUCACAUUCUCUUCCAGACCGGCGAGGAGCUGACCUUCCGUGCGCGUCGCUUCUUCUUGCCGUCGGUGUGCAGCUUUGGCGAUGAGGGCUGCACGCGUGAGACGACGCUGAACGACUACCUGAACUCGGCGGAGGAGUAA